AUGGCGCCCGACAUCAACUCGAUGGCUAAUUGGGCUACUGAUGGGUAUGCUAAUAAUCAGGUUCCACGGAAAGAAGAAUACGAAAUUCCAGAUAUUGUCCUCCAUGGCCCCUACACGCGCAAGAUCCGCGUACUCUCUAUUGGCGCCGGAGUCACGGGUAUCAUGAAUGCCUACCAUAUCCAAAAGUUCUGCGAAAACGUUGAGCAUGUCAUUUUCGAAAAGAACAAAGAUAUUGGUGGAACUUGGUUAGAAAACAGAUAUCCUGGCUGUGCAUGUGAUAUCCCUAGCCAUGCAUACACCUACCCCUUUGCUCUCAACCCCGAUUGGCCACGGUUCUUCUCCUACAGUCCCGAUAUCUGGAAGUACCUCGACAAGGUGUGCGAGGUCUGGGGACUCCGGAAAUACAUGACCUUCAACACCGAGGUCAUUGGAUGCUACUGGCAGCAGGAGACAGGCGAAUGGCUCGUCAAACUCAAGCAAACUGAUCCGUCGAACGGCUCAACUGUGCGCGUAUUCGAAGAAAGAUGUCAUGUCCUUCUGCACGGCACAGGCAUUCUAAACAACUACAAGUGGCCAAACAUCGAAGGUAUGGAGAAGUUCAAGGGUAAGAUUAUCCAUACGGCGAGAUGGCCUGAGAACUAUCAGAAGGAGGAGUGGAAGAAUGAUCGUGUGGCUGUCAUUGGCUCCGGUGCGAGUAGCAUUCAGACCGUUCCGACCAUGCAGCCUCACGCUAAGCAUCUGGAUGUUUUUGUCCGUACCGGAGUCUGGUUCGUACAAAUCGCGAACAACUUUGGCGCGAACCACGAGUACACGGAUGAGCAGAAAGCAUCGUUCCGCGACCCGUACCAGAUCGUCGAGCAUGCAAAGUCCAUCGAAGACCAGGUCAACGGCCUCUGGGGUAGUUUCUACAAAGGCGCACAGGCCCAGGCUGAGGGUCAGGCUGCCCUCAAAGCCCGCAUGGCCGAGAUGAUCAAGGAUGAAAGACUCAUCAAGGGGUUCACGCCGACUUUUGGUAUCGGAUGUCGUCGAAUCACCCCGGGAGAUCCGUAUAUUGAAGCUAUCCAGAAAGAAAAUGUGGACGUACACUUCACGGAAGUGGUGGGCAUCGACGAGACCGGUGUGAUUGGCAAAGACGGCACGCGCGUCGAAGUCGACACGAUCGUGUGCGCGACCGGGUUCGACGUAUCCUACAGACCACGGUUCCCCAUCGUCGGACAAAACGGCGUGGACCUGGCCGAGAAAUGGAAAGUCUGCCCGGAAGGCUAUCUGGGCUUGGCUAUUCCUGACUUCCCCAACUUCCUCACGUUCAUCGGCCCCAACUGGCCCGUGGAGAACGGCAGCGUCAUGGGGCCCCUCAUGCAGGUCAGCAUGUAUGCGCUGCAGAUCAUUAAGAAGAUCCAGAGCGAGUAUAUCGCGAGCUUGGCGCCGAAGCAGGACGUCACCGACGCCUUCAACGAGCAUUGCCAGGAGUGGGUGCGCCAUACCGUGUGGGUGGACGAUUGUCGCUCCUGGUACAAGAACAACGAGACCGGGCGUGUCAAUGCCGUCUGGCCUGGGAGCAGUCUGCAUUACGUCGAGGCCAUCAAAGUGCCGCGGUACGAGGACUUUGAGAUCGAGUAUCUAGGCCCCGCCAAGAAGAACCCCUGGGCUUUCUUGGGCAUGGGUGCUGUGAGGGCGUUGGUGAAUAAAGAGGACGUCAGUCCAUAUUUGAAUGUCGAGAAUAUCGACCCCGAGUGGAUGAAAGCGUUGGGUAUUGAUGCUUCCAAGGUCCAUGAGACUAAGAUUGGCGAGUUGAAGAAACAACAUGAGGAAUUGGAGAAUAAAGCGAAGGAGAAUAUUGAGAAGACAAGUGUUAGUUAG